AUCAACCCGGGCAACGAAAAGACUUAAUCGCUAAAAUAAAAACAGAUUUUUCUGGUCUUCCAAGCCCCUCCUAAAAUCGCCAAGAAAGUUUUUGCCAACUCAGCAACAGACAACUUGCGGUCGAGGCAAUUACAAGAUGUUUCUAUUUCCGUAUCUAGUCAGACCAGAGAGGAAAUCAUUUGGAUGGUUGUUAGGACGAGCAUAUAAAAGGAAAAUCGCCUAUGAUGCAGUAAGAAUAGCAGCUUCAAAGAUGAAUGUUGAAGUAAACGAUCUAUCCCACGAACCAACUGAAUUGUAUAACAGAAUUUCUGUUAAAAAGGAAUGGAAGAAACACUUCAAAAUAUUAAAGCCGUUAAAGUAUGAGACGAAAAAACAAGCAAAUCAUUUACGAUUUGUUUGCAUCUCAGAUACUCAUAAUAAAACAGAUGAAAUGCAGUUACCGGAAGGGGAUAUUUUGCUACAUGCUGGUGACUUCACUCAAGUAGGCGCCCCUUCUGAGGUGGAACAUUUUAUAUCUUUUCUAGACAGAGUUAGGCCUAGUUUCCAGCAAAUAGUUGUGAUAGCAGGCAAUCACGACCUGACAUUUGACACGGAUAAUUACUCGUCCAUUGAUGUGGCUGCCAUGUUCCACAAGGGCAAAACCUUCGAUCUGAAGGCAAUCAAAUCUUCUCUACAACAGAAAUGCACCUAUCUUGAGGACAAUGGGACUGAAAUUGCAGGAAUCAAAGUUUAUGGCACACCAUGGCAACCAGAAUUUGGUGGGUGGGGUUUCAACCUUAGGAGAGGACCUGACUGCUUAGAGAAAUGGAGGAAAAUUCCAGAUGAUAUUGAAAUUUUGAUAACACAUGAACCACCACUGGGACAUGGUGAUAAGUGCCAGAGUGGAGCAAGAGCUGGAUGUGCAGAACUUCUAUCAACCAUUCAAAGCCGAGUCAAACCAAAGUACCAUAUCUUUGGACACAUUCAUGAAGGAUAUGGGAUUACUACUGAUGGUGUCACAACAUACAUCAAUGCAUCUUCUGUGAAUCUUGGCUAUCGGCAAGUCAACGAUCCAAUCAUAUUUGACAUGCCAAUUAAAUCCAUGUGAUUGACAUGCCCAUGAAAUGUGAUUUAACACAAUAAUAUAUUGUAGCUGUUAAAAUUACGAAUUUUUUAUUAGGUUUCAUUUAACUUCAUUUGCAAAAAUGGUGUAAACGUC